AUGUCGGCAGGAUAUGGCGGUUCGGUUCCUGCCACCAUGAAAGCGGCUGUGGUCGAGGAGUUUGGCAAGCCGUUGGUGGUGAAGGAUGUGCCCGUUCCAGAGCCCGGUCACGGAGAAGUUCUAGUGAAAGUUAUUGCGUCGGGGGUGUGUCACACGGACUUGCAUGUGCGCGAUGGUGACUGGCAUGUCAAGCCGACACUCCCAAUCAUUCCGGGACAUGAAGGUGCCGGUGUUGUCGUGAAGCUGGGGCCGAAUGUCACGACCCUGAAGAUUGGCGAUCGUGUGGGCCAUGCCUGGCUUCAUGACUCCUGCGGAGGCACCAGACGGGCUUCUUGGCGAACGGAUGCUUCGCUGAGUACACCAUUGCAGAGGCAAACUACGUGGGCAAGAUCCCUGACAACGUGA